GUGAAUAAUAAAAUAAGAAUUUGAAUCAUAAAAAAAAAAAUGAUUUAUCAAUUAAUUCGCCAAUAAUUAUUAAAUAUGCGUUAUAAUAGAACUUGGCAACACUGUUACGAAAUGAAAUAAUUCAGUGCAUUUCAUAGUCAUAUGUUUUCUGUCAUGAAAGAGUUGCUGUCAAAUUUAGUGUCAUUCGUGAAUAUUCUGUAAGUGGGAAGAUAAAGAUUGUCAAGAACACUUCUUCAAUACACGAUAUUCUUCGUAUAUAUCUGCAUCUGCGUUACCAAGAAUAAAGGCAACGUAACCUAUCUUUUAACUCGCAUUCAAAUUCUCUUUUUAUUAAUUUACCACAAACGAUAAUACUUUAAACAUCAUAUCCUAAAAGUAAAAUAUAUUUUACAACUUGGAAAAUCAACGUUUCAAGUUGUCACGUGAAACACGCAAUUUUUAUAUGGUAUUUCAGUAUAAAAUAAACAAAAGUAUUACACUUUCCCAGAAUCAAUAUAAAAGAUUUUAUAAAAAAUUGUUGUAUAAAAAAUACAUUUUAAAAUAUAACAAAGGAUUAAUAAAUAAAGAAUUACAAAGUAUUUACAAAGUAUUUCUAAUAUAAUAUGAAUAGGAUAACUAAUAGUGCAACAGCAAGACUGAAACAAGAUUAUUUGCGUCUUAAAAAAGACCCUAUACCAUAUGUUGUUGCAGAACCAGUUCCUUCUAAUAUAUUAGAAUGGCAUUAUGUAGUAAAAGGCCCAGAGAAAACUCCCUAUGAAGGAGGAUUUUAUCAUGGGAAACUUAUAUUUCCAGUAGAAUUUCCAUUUCAGCCUCCUAGCAUUUAUAUGACUACUCCUAAUGGCAGAUUUAAAGUCAAUACAAGAUUAUGUUUAUCUAUUUCUGAUUUUCAUCCUGAUACAUGGAAUCCAGCAUGGAGUGUGUCUACUAUUCUUACAGGAUUACUUAGUUUCAUGAUUGAAAAUAGUCCUACCAUGGGUAGCAUCAACACAUCAGAUUAUGAAAAGAAACAAUUUGCUGCACAGAGUUUGGAAUAUAAUUUAAAGGACAAGUUGUUUUGUGAACUUUUUCCAGAAACUGUUGAGACAAUAAAGGCAGAAUUAGAACAUAGAAAAGAAUUAGAAAAACAGGCAAGGCAUCAAUCCACAGCUUCAGAAGUUUCUUCGCUAUUACGUGACCAAUUGCAAAGGGAUCAAAGUCCAUUGUAUAAUGUGCUCACCAAUCUUGUUGUCAUCAUAGGAUUCGCGGCCUUUGCUUUUACAGUAAAAUACGUAUUGUGGAGCGUUGCCACAGAAUAAGUAAAAAAAAAAUGAAUGUAUAGGAUUUGUUCUUUGUUUUUUAUGUAUAGGGAAAAAAGUGGAAAAAAGUUGUGAUAAUGAUGCGUGCAGAUCUUGAAAAAAAGUAUUAAAAAUUCAAUUGGGACUUUGUCCAUAAUUGUCGAAUUAACACGAAGAAUCUAUUUAAUCUUCUGGUUUUUAAAUACGCUGAUAUUAUGGGCGUUUGAUAGACUUUUAUAUCAAAGUUACUUGUAAAAAACAAGUUGUAUUAUAUUUGCAAAUUUUAAACAUAAUAAUCGUGAAACAAUGGUAAUAAUUCCUUGAAGAAUUCUACAUAAGAGCAUUUAUCAUUGGAAAUAAAGUAUCAAUAAGUUUUUAUGCAAUUAUAAAAAAAGAUCAAAAGAUUAAUUGAUUUAAAUCAAUGUAAAUUUCGGAUUCAAAUUAUUGGCUUUCAGUCAGGUUCUGUUACGCGAAUUUCCAAAGUAUAGUUCAACUAUUUGAAUUUUAAUAUUUAGCAAUUAUUUGAUGAAUUAUGAUAAAGGAAGAGAGAAAGAGUGUAUAUGUGUAUAUGUAUGCGUAUAUGUGUGUGUGAAUGGAAAAAGAGGAAGGAAGAGAAUGAAAGAAAUAGAAUGAUAAAUUAAAAUCGUGGGGGCUUCCCAACACAACUAUAAAAUCAAUGAAAAUUAAAAUUUUGCUACAGUCUUCAUAAUUUUUAAUUUCUAAUUUCCUUUAUACAUCUAUAAUAUAUUAUAUCAUAAAAACUUCCCGAAUCUAUCUAAAGAAGUUUGCCUCUGCGAUGUGCCAAUGAGAAACUAAGUCAAAAUUUCUAACUGAAUCGAACUAAGCUUAAUAGAAAAUAGCUUGUGUCAUCGACGAAAUAUGUCGAUCUUGUAAAUAUAUGUAGUAGAUUAGUAAGAAAUAUGUAAUAUCAAAGAUAAAGAAAUUUAUCACAAAAGAAAGAAAUUGAACAGAUCA